UUUGAGAGCUCAAUGGGCAAACACAGGGUCCUGAUGUGCUAGUGCAUGCUGUUCCUCUGGCACGUUUUUCCACUACCAAGGGAUUUCUUUAAGUGUUGGGUAGAAGUUGCUGCUGUUUGUGUUUGUUUUAACGACCUCAGGUUUUACUUUUCCUCUGUUACCAUCUCCAAAGUUUGCCCAUCGCUGAGUGUCACAGAGGGUGAACUGUAUGUGGAGACAAUCCAAGAUUCUUCUAACUUUUUUGCCAGCCACAUCCUGUUCAAACACGCCUCUCCUCUCAUAUACCCUCCUCUGUCUGUCCUAACUGCCCCCCUGUUAUUCUCCCUUGCUCAACAGAUGCUUGCACAUUUCAGUCCUCUCCCACAAACUCACAACUCCCCUCAUUCUGGCCCUGUUCUCUUCUUUUAGCACUACUCUUGUGUUCUUUUUUUCCUCUACCUGUUCAAGAGGGCUGCACCCUGGUUUUUGUCCUACACAGUCUCUGCACCACUCCUUUGCUCUCCUAACCCUUCUGUUCCCCUAAUGGGCACCAUAUCAGACAGCGGUGCCACAUUCCCUGCAUUGUCACUGAAGACCUCUCUCCAUCCCUAAUCGCCUCGCCAACACCAACUUAACACAACCCAAUGGAGACAAAAGAUAUGAUGAUGACGAGCAUGUUAAAAAUGGACAAAGGAGAGAACGAGGGACAGAGGGAUAAAGGGAGAGAGGAAGUGGGGGGAGCUGAGGAGGGGACACAGCAGGAAAAUGGUAGACUGAUGCUGGCUGAUGGUCUCGCAGCUAGAGGACCCAAGAGUCUGACCUCUGGCUCUGGACAGCAGGUGUCCAAUGGGUUCACCACAUCUACCCCUCAGGGCCCCAGGGAGGGACCAGGGAGCGCAGCUUGCUCUGGGGGCACAGCCUCUAUGUCUGCAGGUGGUACAGGAUCCUCAGUGCCGCUGGGAAGCCUCCGGACUCUGGUGGUCCAACAAACCAGCUUAGAGAGGCCCAGAGAAAGCUGGAGCAAGAAGAUGGACUUCUUGCUGUCUGUGAUUGGCUACGCUGUGGACCUGGGAAACGUCUGGCGUUUCCCCUACAUCUGCUACCAAAAUGGAGGAGGUGCCUUUUUGCUGCCCUACCUGUUGAUGGCGGUGUUUGGAGGAGUGCCUCUCUUCUACAUGGAGCUGGCUCUUGGGCAGUUCCACCGCAGCGGCUGCAUCUCCAUCUGGAAACACAUCUGCCCUAUCUUCAAAGGGAUUGGCUUUGCCAUCUGCAUCAUAGCCCUCUACAUUUCCUUCUACUACAACACCAUCAUGGCAUGGGCCUUGUACUACCUACUGUCAUCAUUUCGAACCACACUGCCCUGGACCACCUGUACCAACAGCUGGAACACAGCCAGCUGUAACCGCUACAUGUCCACCGACCACAACGUGUCAUGGUCCAACUUCUCCACUUCCCCAGCCGAGGAGUUCUAUACUCGCCACGUGUUGCAGGUCCACCUCUCCCCAGGUCUCCACCAGCUGGGCUCUGUCAGCUGGCAGCUGGCCCUGUGCCUGCUCUUCAUCUUCACCACUGUCUACUUCAGCAUUUGGAAAGGAGUCAAGACAUCUGGAAAGGUAGUUUGGGUGACUGCUACCUUUCCUUAUCUGGUCCUCCUCGUGUUGCUCGUUCGUGGGGCCACUUUGCCGGGGGCCUGGAGGGGCAUCCUCUUCUAUCUUAAACCCGACUGGGGGAAACUGCUAAGCACUACAGUGUGGAUUGAUGCGGCAGCUCAGAUCUUCUUCUCUCUGGGACCGGGCUUCGGUGUGCUCCUCGCCUUUGCAAGCUACAACCCAUUUCACAACAACUGCUACAAAGAUGCACUAGUCACCAGCUCUGUGAACUGCCUGACCAGCUUUCUGUCCGGCUUUGUAAUCUUUACCGUGCUGGGAUACAUGGCUGAGAUGAGGCAUGAGAGUGUGGAUGCUGUGGCCAAGGAUGCUGGUCCCAGUCUGUUGUUCAUCAUUUAUGCAGAAGCCAUAGCAAACAUGCCUGCCGCCACCUUCUUUGCCAUCAUCUUCUUCCUCAUGAUCAUCAUGUUGGGUCUGGAUAGCACAUUUGCAGGAUUGGAGGGUGUGAUCACAGCUAUGCUGGAUGAGUUUCCUCAUGUCCUAGUUAAAAGACGAGAGUGGUUUGUCCUCGGCCUCGUGUGUGUCUGCUACCUCGGAGCUCUCUCCACACUCACAUAUGGAGGAGCAUUUGUGGUGAAGCUGUUUGAGGAGUACGCUACAGGCCCCGCAGUCAUCACUGUGGUCCUGCUCGAAGUCGUUGCUGUUUCCUGGUUCUACGGUACCAACCGUUUCUGUAAUGAUGUCCAAGUCAUGCUUGGUUUCUAUCCGGGGUGUUUCUGGAGGGUCUGCUGGGUGGCCAUCUGCCCCUGCUUUUUGCUGUUCAUCAUCAUUAGUUUCCUGGCCUUUCCUCCAGAGGUCAGGUUGUUUGACUAUCACUACCCACCAUGGACCACCGUCCUGGGCUACUGCAUAGGGGUGUCCUCGUUCAUCUGUGUGCCCGCUUACAUGGUCUACCACUUGCUCAAUGCUAAGGGCACAUUCAAACAGCGUCUGUUAAAGAGCAUCACUCCAGAGCCUAGCGGUGACGUCCACAGAGCCUUCAUUGUCACCAACGCAGUUUGACCAUACGCUGACCAAAAGAAGGUGCCUCUGUAGCUAGAUAGAGCUCCUUCCUCUGGACAAACUGUAAAACUACAGGACAAGGGGGCUACCUUUCACCGUCUUUGCCUCUUCUAAUAAACCCUCUGCACUUGUUCAUCUUUCUCACACCAAUAUCUGAAACUUAAAGGGGAAUUUUGGGUUGAUCCAGACUGCAGCAGCUUUGUUUAGCUUGGUUUAGUUUAUUUCCUAAUGCUGGCUAAGUUUUCUUAUGUUGCUUGGAGACCCAGAGCUCAAUUUCAGUAUCUUCACUAUCCUCUUAUUUUUACACUCAAAAGUGUCACCAAAGUCAUUUAGUCACAAAACUUCUCUUCAGGUUAUACAGUCAUGAGAAAUAUUUUAUACAAUUACACAAAACAUAAUACAAUUUAUGUUAAUAUAGAGAAUAUGCCAUGCACUCAAGCUGCAGAUACUACACAAUGAAAACAGUUGGAGCAGGCCAGAUAGAUAGAUUCUCAUGUUAUGGUGUUAAGCUAUGUAUUUUAAUAUGUAGCAAGAUGCAGGUAUCUUUUGUUACUGAAGCCAAAUAUCUGCGUUGUUCUUUUCAUUUUUCAAUAUUGUAGUUAUGUUGUGUUGACAGUCAGCCUGUGCUUAUUUGGACGAACAAUGGAUUCGCAAUGAGUUUUCUACACUGUCUGGCAGUGACGUGUGUGUGUGUGUGUGUCUGUGUGUGUGUGUGUGUCUGUGUGUGUGUGUGUGUUUGUGCGUUGUGGGGAUCAAAACCUGUUUACACACUCACACUGUGGGCACCAUUCAAUAACUGCAAUAUAAGAGGUGUAUUUAUUUUAUAAAGUACCACUGCUGUCACCAAUCUUGCCCAGUGUCAGGUGAGAUUGUCUCCAGUCCUUCUACAGGAUAAGAGGUAGAGGUCACGGACGGAUGGAUGCUGUCACUGACUUUGUUCACAAUCCAGCCAUUUACCUGACAUAGUGUUCAUGGUCCUUGUUUUACAGUAAUCUCAGAAAGAUUCUGCGCUCCAUUACUGUCAGUAAUAUAAACCAAAUAUGGAUCAGAGCUAAUAACAUUAUCAGUGUCAUUGUCUGAAAAUCACUGCUCUUUACUUUUUACCAAAAAUUUGUGUGCAUGCACAUGUGCCUGUGUGUGUGUGUGUGUGAGUGGAGUGUGUGUAUUUGUGUGUAUGUAGGAGCAGGAGUUAAAAUAUGGCGAGUACUGUACAUCUACAUGUGUAUUUACAGUCAGUGUCAGUCUGGUAUUGGUGUAAUCUACAUGUACCCUGUGACUACCUGUCUCCUCCCUCCAUGGAUGUGUGUGUGUUUAAUACUUGUGUGGGGUUGAGUGUUUGUAUAUUUGUGUGUGAGUGUGUGUGUGUGCGCGCACACUGUGGUUAGUAUGUUGGCGCGUGUAUGAGUGGGUGUGCAAAAAGGAUUAGAGGUGUUAAGCCCCUUUAUGUGCGCAUACCGUGAUGUGUGUGAUUACUGUACUUCAAAUGUGCGUGCAUGUGUGUUUGUAAUGUGAUCUUCUGUUGUCUUGUUAACUCCCAAAAUAUGAUGAAGGAAGUAAUCUCCCUCUUGCCUCUUUCUUCUCUCAUACCUCUCAAGCUUAUGUAUGAUCUAUGUACGUCAGUAAAAGACUGUAUUGAGAAAUACACUUGUAUAAAAUAAAUAUAUAAAUAUAUGGAAAGUAACAA